AGUGGCGGGGGUAAAUUUUCCCGAUAGAGCAAAAGCAGGACCGGUGGAGAGGCAGCGGCCAUGGAAUUCUCACCAAUCAGCCUCCAUAACAUCACUUCUAUUUGACGCUUCAAAACAGAAUCUAAUCGAAAGAAUUGAGACCUCGGCCCCACUCUCACCACCAAACACCUACCUCCACUCCACCGCCCCCACUUCUCUCUCUCUAUAUAUCUCUGUCCGUUUGCUUCCUCUGCUCCACGCCUCCACCACUACCCACCACCUCUUCUAAGUCCUCUUUCUCACCUUCCACCAUAUGUCUUCAUAAUUUUACGUUUUCCAUUAUCUGGCUGCUCAUUGUUUGCUCACAAGUUGAGAAAAAAAAAAAAUUUCUCUAACGUUUGGAUUUAUUGAAUCUUGAGUUUUCUGGGAAUUUUCUACUCUGGGAAGCUUUUAAUUCUGAGUUCUUUUCUAUUUGGAGAAGCUGUAGGAUAGGAUAGAGGUUCGAAGAUGAAGUUUGCUUUGUGUUCGUCUUCUUUGGAGCUUUCAAAUCUUUGCUUCGAGGGUCUCAGGUGUAAUACUGCCGAUUUGCGAUUUGCUAAGUCUUUUCAGGGAUUUGGUUUUCUUGCUAAGAAUGAGAAUGUUCAACAAUCUUAUCGUAAUGGUAAAAGAAUGGUCAUUUCUAGUCAGCUAAUGCCUGGACACCUUGAGGGGUCUUUCAUGGGAAACAAACAGCUGCAGGACCCUAGUCGGAAGCUGGAUUUUGUGAGGACUUUGUUGAUUGAUAACUAUGAUAGUUACACCUACAACAUUUACCAAGAGCUCUCUGUCGUUAAUGGAGUUCCUCCUGUGGUGGUGAAGAAUGAUGAGUGGACAUGGGAGGAAGUGUGCCAUUACUUAUAUGAAGAAAAGGCUUUUGAUAAUAUUGUUAUAUCACCUGGGCCUGGUUCGCCAACAUGUGCAGCGGAUAUAGGAAUAUGCCUUCGAUUGCUGCUUGAGUGCAGGGAUAUUCCUAUUUUGGGAGUUUGUCUUGGACACCAGGCUUUGGGUUAUGUACAUGGUGCUCAAAUUGUCCAUGCAUCUGAACCAGUCCAUGGACGGAUGAGUGAAAUUGAGCAUAAUGGGUGCAGACUCUUCAGUGAUAUUCCUUCUGGCAAACAAUCUGGAUUUAAGGUGGUUCGAUACCAUUCUCUUGUUAUAGAUGCACAAUCACUACCUAAGGAAAUUGUACCAAUUGCAUGGACAACUUCUACUGGCACACAUUCUUUUCUUGAGUCUCAGAAUUCUGAUUUUACCUCUGAUGCUUGUGAGAGUCAGAUUAGGGCAACUAUUGGUUAUGAUACUUUUUCACCGGAAUUGAAUAAUGGAACUUCUUGGUCUUUUAGCCGCUCCAGAGAAGUUAAAAAGAGAAAAAUUCUCAUGGGCAUUAUGCAUUCUACCAGGCCUCAUUAUGGCAUACAGUUUCAUCCAGAGAGUAUUGCAACCUGUCAUGGAAGGAAAAUAUUUGAGAAUUUUAGAGAGAUGACGCGGGAUUAUUUGAGGUCGACAUUUUUUAAGGAGAGACAUGCCUUUUAUACUGCAUGCAUGCAGGUGCCUGGUGUUAGUCAACUGUUUGGAGUUCCUAGAAAUGGGCCAUUAGAAUACAGUGAAGAUACUCUACCAUUUAGAGAAACUUCAAGAAUGCAAAUACUGGGCAAAGUGGAUGAGAAGAAUUGUGUUAGCAUCUCCAGCUUACUGAGUUUUCCAGAAUCAAGUGGUCGUGUAAAGCAUUUAAAAUUGAAAUGGAGGAAGUUUGAUAGAUUGGCAGCACAACUUGGUGGAGCAAGAAACAUAUUUUGCAAACUAUUUGGAGCUAAUAAAGCUGAAAACACCUUUUGGUUGGAUAGUUCCUCAGUAGAGAAGAAAAGGGCACGCUUUUCGUUUAUGGGGGGUAAAGGUGGAUCACUUUGGAAGCAAAUGACAUUCAUAUUGUCAGAUGAAAGUGAUAUCGCUUUGAAAAGUGGUGGUUAUUUAUCAAUUGAACAUGCUCAAGGCGUUACCAAAAGCAUGUAUUUGGAAAAUGGUUUUCUUGAUUUUAUGAACCAGGAACUCCAAUCAUUCCUUUACGACGAAAAAGAUUUUGAAGGACUGCCAUUUGACUUUUAUGGUGGAUAUAUUGGUUAUAUUGGGUAUAACCUUAAAGUUGAAUGUGGCAUGCUAUCUAACCGUUACAAAUCUAAGACUCCAGAUGCAUGCUUUUUCUUUGCUGAUAAUUUUGUAGUCAUUGAUCAUCAGUAUGAUGAUGUUUAUAUAAUGUCUGUACAAGAAGGAAGCACAACCAAUACAACAUGGUUGGAUGAUGUAGAACAGAAGCUCCUUCAUUUGGAAGCUUCUCCUGUGAGCAAGUUAGAGAAGCAGACUUCACAACCUUCAACAAUUUUCUCUUGCGAGGCUGGCUUUCUUGCUGAGAAAUCUAGAGAGCAGUAUAUUAAUGAUGUGCACAAGUGUCUGGAAUACAUUAAAGAUGGAGAAAGCUAUGAGUUAUGUCUCACUACUCAAAUGAGGAAAAAAGUCGGAGAUAUAGAAUCUCUCAGACUUUACCUUCACCUCAGAGAGAAAAAUCCAGCGCCGUAUGCAGCUUGGCUUAAUUUUUCAAAUGAGAAUUUGUGCAUAUGCUGUUCUUCCCCAGAGAGGUUCUUGCGCUUGGACAGAAAUGGCGUUUUGGAAGCAAAGCCCAUUAAGGGUACCAUCGCCCGUGGCCGGACGGAGGAAGAAGAUGAACAGCUUAAACUGCAAUUACAGUACAGUGAAAAAGAUCAAGCUGAAAAUCUAAUGAUUGUUGAUCUCUUGAGGAAUGAUCUUGGCCGUGUCUGUGAACCUGGCUCUGUUCAUGUGCCACGUCUUAUGGAUGUGGAAUCAUAUGCAACUGUGCAUACAAUGGUGAGUACAAUUCGAGGAAAGAAGAGGUCAAACAUAAAUGCAGUAGACUGUAUCCGGGCUGCAUUUCCAGGCGGUUCAAUGACAGGAGCUCCAAAGUUGAGAUCCAUGGAACUUCUUGAUUCUCUAGAAAGCUGUUCCCGUGGCAUCUAUUCAGGUUCUAUUGGAUUUUUCUCAUAUAAUCAGACAUUUGAUCUUAAUAUUGUGAUAAGAACUAUAGUUAUACAUGAAGGUGAAGCCUCUAUAGGAGCAGGUGGAGCCAUUGUUGCUCUGUCAAAUCCUGAAGACGAGUAUGAUGAAAUGAUAUUGAAAACAGGUGCACCAGCAAAGGCAGUGGUAGAGUUUCAGUAGAUUCAGAACUCCACACAGUAGAAUAUAAAAUGUUGUAUUUUUAUUCAUUUUUCUUCUUAGUCUGUUAUUGUCUCAAAUCCUGAAGACAGAGUAUGAUGAAAUGAUAUUGAAAACAGGGGCACCAGCAAAGGCAGUGGUAGAAUUUCUGUAGGUUCAGAAGUCAUACAAUAUUCUUCAGAACUCUUACACUAGAAUAUUAGUCCUCUAUUUGGAAAUAAGAAUUUCGUAAGAAUUCAAUUCAA